GUGAGGGCAGUGCAUUCAGUACAACACAACCUUCUUGAAUGGAAAGAUGUUGAUGAAAAAGCAGUUUAAUCGCAUGAAACAACUCGCCAAUGUGGGGAGAGUACAAGAUGCAACAGACCUGCUUUGUGAUGAUUUGGCUCAGGUGGAGCAGAGGUUGGAGCCCACCAGAAAAGCUUGCCAGAUUGUUCACAAAAAACUAACUGGCUGUUUACAGGGCCAGCCAGGACUGGAUAUGGAGAAAAAAAUGAAAAAGCUGCCUCUAACUGCUCUAGCAGCAGGCAUGGCGGAGAGCUUCAAAGAUUUUGAUGUAGACUCCAGCAUCAGGAAAGUACUGGAAAUGUGCUGCUGUAUAGAAAACAAACUGGCCAAGGAACUUGCUGAAUAUGAGCUGCAGAUGGAAAAGGAAGUUUUAGAGCCUCUGAACAAGCUAAGUGAAGAAGAUUUGCCAGAUAUUUUGAGGAAUAAAAAGUUAUUUGCCAAACACAGCUGUGACUGGACAAAUGCUAAAAACAGACAAGCCCAGUCAAACUCUGGUGCGCAGGCAAAACUUGAUGGCCUAAGGGAAGAAGUGGAAGAGACUUGGAGGAAAGUGGAGCAGAGUAAAGAUCAAUACUCGGCUGACUUAUACCUUUUUGCUACCAAAGAGGACAGCUAUGCCAAUUAUUUUAUGCGCCUUUUAGAACUACAAGCAAACUACCAUAAAAAUUCGUUGCAUAUCUUAAAUGACAUUAUUAGUGAAGUCAAAGAAAACAACAGCUUUGCAGGUUCACCGUUGCAAAGCCCAUCUCUGGGCGUGUAUGGUGUUGCAUUAGAAACACACUUGCGGACGAGCUCUCGUAAGAUUGCCCUGCCUAUUGAAGAAUGUGUCAAAAUGCUACUGACAAAAGGAAUGAAGGAAGAGGGUCUCUUCAGGUUAGCUGCAGCAGCUUCCAUCUUGAAGAAGCUCAAAUCAGGACUGGACAGUGGAAAUAUUGACCCUACAGAGUUUUAUUCUGAUCCACAUGCAGUUGCAGGUGCCUUGAAGUCAUACUUGAGAGAACUUCCCGAGCCAAUAAUGACUUUUGAACUCUACAAUGAGUGGUUUAAAGCUUCAAGUGAGAAAAAUACAGAAGCAAAGCUGGAAAUACUCCGGGACAUUUGUAGAAGGUUACCAAGUGAGAAUUAUGACAACCUGAGGUAUUUGGUCAAGUUUCUUGCUAAAUUAGCCGAGCUGCAAGAAAUCAAUAAAAUGUCUCCAAGCAAUAUUGCUAUUGUCCUUGGUCCCAAUUUACUGUGGCCACAAAAUGAAGGGGACACAGCCACCUUGGACAUGGCUUCAGCAUCCUCUGUGCAGGUGGUCACAGUGAUUGAGCCUCUUAUCCAGCUAGCUGACCAACUCUUUCCUGGAGAGAACGACUUUGAAGAAACACAAAUGCCAGAAGCCAUGAAUACCAAAGUUUCGGAUGAGAUGAGUCUGUCUGCACUAAACAUCAAGGAGGAGGUUCCUGUAGCAGAAGCCCCACCAAUGCCACAGAAGGAAACAAUUUCAGACAGCUUAUCAGUAAGCACAGCAAGUUCCAUAGAAAGCAACACUAUUCCAAUUAUAAAGUCUGGAUCAAUAAGCAGACGGACGAGCCAAUGGGAAAAAAGCCCUGAUCGGAAUCAUUCUAAAGAAGAGCCAAUAAAGCAGGCACCCACACCUCACACAGAAGGGCCGAAAACAACACAAAAUGUACCAGUAACAUUGACAACAAAGCCUAAACCUUCCAUUGGAUCCGGAGCAUCGCCAAAGUCAGCUAAAAGAGGUGUAAUGCAAAAACCAGCUCUGAGUCACGCCAAGUAUCCCGAAUCACUACCAACGGGUAAGGCUGUCAACCGGAACCUGAGCCUUUCUAGACCCCGAGGGCAAAUGAACAGCCCAGUUCCAUCAAACAUCUCCAGGUCAUCAUCUUCUGUUCAAGAUACAUCUACAGCCAGGAAGAAAAAAACAAUUGUGGGGCCAAUUAAAGCUCCAAAUAUUCCACCUCCUUUGCCACCAUCACAAAAGACAGUCAGCAAACAGAUGUAAUCGUUUAUGUGUUAAUGAUCCCCACUUCGGAUUGUCCUGAGAAACAAAAGGCUUGUUGAGUUCAUACAGAUCUGUUUUUCAACGCUGGAGAAUGUUUUUCUCUUGUUUUCUGAGUUUAUUGUAAAGCCACACCAUAUCAAAACAUCUGGAUCUGAGUUAGUCACUUAGAACAUCAGGUAAAAUAUCGCACUGAACUCAAAUUGCUUCUAAAAAGGCAAGUUGUGGUUGUCUUUAUUAUACAGUCAUCAGUACCAUAAGAUUUACUUAAUAAAUAUGCAGAAUUUCCUCAAAAUACUAGUAUUGUACAGUGUCUUAUAGAAUGUGUUGAUCUUAUAUGUGUUUUUUACAUUUUAUUAAGUGUCUAACUCAGUUAAUAACAUUCAGUAUUUAUAAUGGCUUUUUGACAUUGUCACAAAACUGCAUAAUGUUAAAGUCUAACGAAAUGUCUUGACUUUUUUACUCAUAAUUAAAAAAAAUAUUAAAGUA